AUGACUACGAAUAUUCUUGUGACCGGCGCCAAUAAAGGCAUUGGCAAGGGCUUUGUGAGACACUUUCUCCAACGUCCCAACACAACCGUCAUUGCAGGCGUGAGAGCACCCUCCUCAGCCGAAGCAAUCACUCUCACCCAUUUCGAUGCCGCUCCAGGGAGCAAGGUCGUCCUGGUUCAGAUAAACGCACAGUCCGAAACGGACGCCAGCGAUGCCAUGCGCGCCCUGGCCUCGCAAUACGGCAUCGACCGGCUUGACAUCGUCAUCGCCAACGCCGGAAUCUUCGACGCACAGGCUCACCAAAAGGUUGUGGACAUGAAGCUGUCCGAUCUUCAGGAGCAUAUCGACGUCAAUGCGUUCGGAGUCAUCCGCCUCUUCCAGGCUACCUGGCCGCUGCUUGAGAAGUCUAGCAAGCCGAUCUUUUUGCUUAAUUCGGCGGGGGCGGCUACCAUGGGCGGAAUGAAGCCGUUUGCGCAUUUCCCGCUUUCCUCGUAUGCUGCGUCCAAGAUGCUGGCUAAUUUCUUUAUCCUGCGGCUUCAUGUUGAGCAUCCGGGUCUGAUCGCGUUUGCGGUUCAUCCGGGGUCCGUGGUGACUGAGAAUCGCACUGCGGCGGCUGCCAGGUUAGGGGUGCGGGUAGAGGGGCUUUCGGUAGAUGAAUCCGUAACGAGCCUGCUUGCUUUGCUUGACAGUGCCACUCUGGAAACACACUCUGGAACGUUUCUGAAUGUUGAUGGGAUGCCAAUACCGUGGUGA